AUGAAGUCACAGGCAACCAUGAUUUGCUGCUUAUUGUUAUUUCUGGCCACAGAAUGUUCCUACUAUAAAUCCAAGAUCCACAUAAAAGAUGGAGAUAAACUUCAAAGCUCUGAAGGGAAACCCAAGACUGGAAGGAUACAAGAGAAAUGCCAGGGACCUUGCAUCACUUCUUCUAGCUGCAGCCAGCCGUGUGCUAAGCACUUUAGUGGAGAAAUAGGAUUUACGUGUAAUAAAAAAAAGUGGCAAAAAUCAACGGAGACAUGUACAAGCCUUUCUGUGGAAACACUCUUUAAGGAUGCAAAUGGGUCAUCCCGCCUCUCCAUAGCAGCACCAUCUAUUCCUCUGCACAUUCUUGACUUUCGAGCUCCAGAGCCCAUAAACAGUGUAGCUCAAGGAAUCCGCAAGAACUGCCCAUUUGAUUAUGCCUGCAUAAUUGGCAUCGUGAAAUCGUCAGAAGCCACAUCUGGAAAUAUCGCAUUUAUAGUGGAAUUAUUAAAAAAUAUAACUGCUGACUUAUCUGAUAAUGUUACCCGAGAGAAAAUGAAGAGCUAUAGUGAAGUGGCUAAUCACAUCCUCAACACAGCAGCCAUUUCAAAUUGGACUUUCAUUCCCAACAAAAAUGCCAGCUCAGAUUUGUUGCAGUCAGUGAAUUUGUUUGCCGGGAAACUCCAUAUCCACAACGAAUCUGAAAACAUUGUGGAUGAACUCUUCAUUCAGAUGAAAGGCUUUCACAUCAACCACAAUACUUCAGAGAAAAGUCUCAAUUUCGCCAUGAGUAUGAACAAUACAACAGAAGGUAUCUUAGGAGUGAUAGAAAUUCCCAGGCAAGAGCUGUGGAAGCUGCUACCAAAUACAUCUCAAGCCAUUAGCAUAGCUUUUCCAACACUUGGGGCCAUUCUGAAAGAAGCCCACUUGCAAAAUUUGAGUUUUCCCAGGGCUUCAAAUGGUCUGGUCCUUUCGGUGGUUUUACCAGAAAGGUUGAAGCAAAUCCUACUCACGUUUGAGAAGAUCAAUAAAUCCCGGAAUGCUAGGGCCCAGUGUGUUGGCUGGCACUCCGGGAAAAGGAGGUGGGAUGAGAAGGCCUGUGAAACAACGUUGGAUAUCAGGAACAAAGUGAAAUGCCGCUGUAAUUACACUCGUGUGGUGAUGUCUUUUUCCAUUCUGAUGUCCCCCAAGUCUAUAUUCAACAAGGUCUUGGACUAUAUCACCUGCAUUGGGCUCAGCAUCUCCAUCCUUAGCUUGAUUCUUUGUCUGCUCAUUGAAGCCACGGUGUGGUCCCAGGUGGUUGUGGCAGAGGUAUCAUACAUGCGCCACGUGUGCAUUGUGAACAUAGCUAUUUCACUCCUGGCUGCUAAUGUGUGGUUCAUCGUAGCCUCUAACUUUAAUGGAAAGGCCCAGGACUACAACUGGUGUGUUGCAGUGACAUUUUUUAGUCACUUUUUCUACCUCUCUCUCUUUUUUUGGAUGCUCUUCAAAGCACUGCUUAUUAUCUAUGGAAUAUUGGUUGUUUUCCAUAGAAUGAUGAAGUCUCACUUGAUGGCCAUUGGCUUUGCCAUUGGCUAUGGUUGCCCAUUGAUCAUAGCUGCCACCACAGUUGCUGUCACAGAGCCAGGGAAAGGCUAUGUGAGAACUGAGGCCUGUUGGCUCAACUGGGACAAUACCAAAGCCGUCUUAGCAUUCGCCAUCCCGGCCUUGGUCAUUGUGGCCGUGAAUCUCAUUGUGGUUUUGGUUGUUGCUGUCAACACUCAGAAGCCCUCUAUUGGCAGUUCCAAGUGUCAAGAGGUUGCCAUAAUUAGGAGGAUCAGCAAAAAUGUUGCCAUCCUCACUCCAUUGCUGGGACUGACGUGGGGUUUUGGAAUAGCCACUCUCAUCGAAGGCACUUCCUUGAUGUUCCAUAUAAUCUUUGCCUUACUCAAUGCUUUCCAGGGAUUCUUCAUCUUGUUGUUUGGAACCAUUAUGGAUCAUAAGAUAAGAGCUGCUUUGAGAAUGAGGAUGACUUCGCUGAAGGGUAAAUCAAGGGCAGCAGAGAAUGCAUCAUUAAGCCCAAGUAAUGGCUCUAAUUUGAUGAAUCGUUGAGGAGGAGAAUUUGCCCUGUUCCACGCGGUCACCCUGCAUCCUGUGACUGAGAGGCGUGUUCCAGGAGAAGGAGAAUACAGAAGACAGGUUGCAAUGAAGAGAGAGAGUUGGGUUCACUUGGAAUCUUGCUCUUCUUGCCGGGAGUGACACCUAAGCUCUCACUGCAAAAACGCUUGCUGAGGAAGAUUUGAGGAUAAUACUAGGUGACUUAGCUUUAAGGAGGCUGAUCCACUGAUGCUUUGACCUAUUGUGAUCUUCAAAAGCCUGGCUUCUGGGUCAACUUUUGGCAAGAUGAAGAAUAGACCCACAGACCAUUACGGAUCUCUGGAUCCGCAUCCGAGACCUGCUCUGUGGCUCCGU